AAUGCGAGGUUCCGUUUCAAGAAAAGACGAAACACGAAGUUAGAAGAUUAAUUUGACCUGAUGUAUUGAAAUUGAGAUUCGCUCACGAGAAUCUGAGGUUAGAAUGGCGUUGAAAACAAGCAGCAACUCGGCCUUUACGCCCAUAGCAGCAAAUGCUGUCGAUAGUCAGAGCGAAGCAGACGAUACCGCUAGCGCGCAGACGACACAGGUUGACGACGAGACGACCAGCAACAUGCACGCUUCAGAUGUGGAGGUUCGUGUGACUUCGGACCCUCUAAGGACAUCGAGUCUCCCCUGUGAUUCCAAAACAACAACAGACAGCAAGGAGUCGAGAAAGGACGAACAAAAAUGUGUUCCGGUCAAACCAUCCCGAUGUUCAUUCUCUGUUGACGAUAUUCUCGCUAAACCCGAGCGGCGACCGACAAGCCCAGAGCAAAGCAAUUCCACCCUAGGUACCCGAUCUCCCCCUUCCAGUCCUCCAGACUCACCCUCAGCCACGGGGGUAGAGGGCAGGUGGCCACCCGUUAGUCCUGUUACAUCAUCGUUCCCAUCUUGGUACUAUGCUUCAAGAUUUCAACAUGCCAACGGUAUGGGGGAACGACAGCCAAUAAGUCCUAAAACAUGCCUCAGGAAGCACAAACCAAACAGAAAACCAAGAACACCGUUUACGACCACGCAACUGAUGUCACUUGAACGGAAGUUCCGGGAAAAGCAGUAUCUGUCCAUAGCAGAAAGGGCUGAGUUUUCAGCGUCCCUCAAUCUAACAGAAACGCAAGUGAAAAUCUGGUUCCAAAAUCGUCGUGCAAAAGCAAAGCGACUUCAAGAAGCCGAAUUAGAAAAGCUUCGAAUGGCAUCAAGACCAAUGCUUCCGCCAUUGUUUGGUGUGUCGCUUCCGUCGGCAGCUGCGGCUGCGCUUUACAAUAGUCACGUGUCACGCGCACCUCUAUUUUCCUCUUCCAUGAUGUCGCCGUUAGCUGUAUACACGAGUCUACAGUCAGGGGUGCCUCACUUACACUGACAAUAGUCAACAGUAACGGCAGUUUCUGUUGUGCAAUAUUGAACUUGGUGAUGCAUAAACUGUGAUAUCGUGACUCGAAGCUGUAUUCUCAAACCUAAGGGCAAAAUAUUAUUAUGAUUAAAAUGAACUCCCCUAAAGACCUCCGUCGCAGGCCUGCUUGCCAUCUAAAAAUGAUGGCAAUAGAAAGAUGAUUCUUCGUCAAGUCAUGACUUCAAAGACUGCAAAUGAAUGAAAACUUUAGUUUGAGCCAAUACAUUUCCGUCUUGAUAAUGGCUGAAAAAUAAGGUUCAGUUAGCUACCUAUAAACACUGACAGCUCGAUUUGUGGUCAUCAUGCAUGAUUACGUCAUCAAAGAAGCACGUUUCUCCCGAGGGGCCACUGUCCAUUCGCCGCAGACGACAAGCUAAUGAUCUGAAGUCACACUGAGCAGACGAUGAUCUAACGUCAUGGCCGUCAUUGUUCAAAAUCCAAGAUGGCGGAAUUGUUAGACGACCCGUGAAAAUACAAUGCCCUUGCAGAUUCCCCGAAGACAGUCGAUGAGAUGCACAGCGACACUUCUUUAUCAAGUUGAUGCAGAUUCUGGGUCUCUGCAGCCAACAACAUGACUGUUGUAUAAUAUAUCCUAAAUAAAAAUUAUUUAUUUUUCUUACA